UUAAGCUUUAUUUUCCUCUUUCAUCAGGGCUAUUCCACCAAAUCCAGAUUUGGUUUCCGUGGUGGGAAAACGGCCAAGGACCAGCUCCAACAGGCAGCUUUCCAGCCAGCAACUGAUACUGCCAUCAGAAUGGAUAACAUGGGCAGGAUGUUCCUGGCUGGAGGGGCUGCUGUAGGCCUGGGAGCUCUGUGCUACUACGGAUUAGGCAUGUCCAAUGAGAUCGGUGCCAUCGAGAGGGCAGUUAUCUGGCCCCAGUACGUGAAGGACAGGAUCCACUCCACCUACAUGUACUUUGCAGGCAGUGUGGGGAUGACCGCUCUGUCGGCUGUAGCCGCCAGCAGGACCCCAGCCCUCAUGGGUGUCAUGAUGAGAGGAUCCUGGCUGGCUAUUGGAGCUACCUUUGCAGCCAUGAUUGGAGCAGGCAUGCUGGUCAGAUCUAUCUCUUAUGACCAGAGCCCAGGAGCCAAACAUCUAGCCUGGAUGCUACAUGCAGGUGUGAUGGGAGCGGUCAUAGCCCCCAUGACUCUGCUAGGUGGGCCCCUGAUGAUGAGGGCAGCCUGGUACACAGCGGGCAUUGUGGGGGGUCUGUCCACCGUGGCCAUGUGUGCCCCCAGUGAGAAGUUCCUCAACAUGGGAGGACCCCUGGCGGUGGGAUUCGGAGUCGUCUUCGCCUCCUCCAUCGGUCAGCUCAAUGUUCCUGCCCCUACCUCAGCGAUGGGAGCAGGCCUGUACUCCAUCGCUAUCUACGGAGGUCUGGUCCUCUUCAGCAUGUUCCUGCUCUACGACACCCAGAAGGUCAUCAAGAGGGCGGAGACGCACCCCAUGUACGGGAUGCAGAAAUACGACCCCAUCAACUCGUGCAUGGGGAUCUACAUGGACACUCUGAACAUCUUCAUGAGGAUGGUGAUGAUUCUGUCCGCGCGGAAACAGAAAGAAAUAGAGACCUUCCAGUCUGACUUUACAUCCACGUUAAACCUUCAAACUUCCAGAGUUGAACAACAACUAUAUGUUCUACAAUUAGCACCAUACACCAGCUGUUACAUACUAUUAGUUUGAAAACUUAUUUUCAACUGACACAAUAAUAAAUGUGUUGCUUUUGUGUGAAGAAGAGGA